ACAAUAGAGCCAAACAGUCCGAGCUGGCCAGCUCCAGCCCGACCAAACAAAGCCAGGCGCUGGGCGGAGACUCCGCGGCCCGCCCCCGCGUCCCACGGAGCACAGCAGCACCCCCGCGGCGCGCGCUCCUUGCAACCUGCCCAGCCGCUUUGUUAGCAUCCCCGGCGGGGACUGAGCCCAGCAGGCAGAAGGGCGCAGAGGAGGAGGGCUCUGUGCGGAGACUCCGGCCGGUGGGGAGCUCGCGCGACCCCGAGAGACUCCCCUUUGCUGCGCGGCGCUCCUUCUCCCCCGUCUGGACUGUGGCUGCCAGGGAGAGCCGGGUGAAGGGAAGGAGACAAAAGCCUUUUGUGAGGAGCGGCGGCGACUCCCUGGGAAAGCCGCGCAGGAGCCUUGCCCGAUGGAGCGUCCGGCGGGCUAAGGAGGGCCGGGGCGCCCCCUGCUCUGGGCGGUGGAGGUUGCCACGCUCGCCCUGCCAUGCGGCGGCGCUGCUGCUCUGCCUCCUACCUGCGCUCGCCUGGCCGCGGCCGCCGCUCCUCCCCCUGGUGCCGCCGCUCGGCUGAGCUCUCCCCCUGCAGGGGGUGGAGAGCUCUCCUCUGAGAGCCGGGCUGCCCUCGCCGCGCGCGGGUGAGCCGGAGAGCGGGAGGUGCCGCCAGCCUCGCAGGAUGUGGAUCCCGCUCUUGGCUGGCCUGGCCGUCGGACUCGUCUCCGUGCAAAAAUGCCAACGAGGUCCAGGUCUGGUGUUGGGGGCAGCUCGGCUGCUCGCAGCCGCCGUGCCGGGGUUGUGCCAACGCACAGAAAACAGAUGCACCAUCUCAAAUGCCGAAACAUGUACCAAGUGUCUUACUGUGAGCCCAGAAUGUGGGUGGUGUACUCAAGAGGAUUUCAUGAAUGGAACAAAGCAGAAGGUGCGGUGUGACAUAAUUUCCCAUUUAAUUGCCAGAGGAUGCAGGCCAGACUUCAUAGAAAGUCUUGAAGUUGAUAUAAUGGUAUCCAACAGUGAAGUUAAUAUACAGGUGACACCUGGAGAAAUCUCAAUCCAACUAUAUCCAGGAUCAGAAGCAAGUUUUAUUUUGAAAGUCCACCCUCUGGAAAAGUACCCUGUGGACCUCUAUUAUUUAGUUGAUGUGUCUGCAUCUAUGCACAAAAACAUAGAAAAAUUAUACACCGUUGGAUUUGAUUUAUCUCAAAAGAUGGAAAAGAUUUCCCUUGAUUUAAGACUUGGAUUUGGAUCAUAUGUGGAUAAGACAGUGACUCCUUACAUUAGUAUUCAUCCAGGAAGAAUCCAUAAUCAGUGCAGUGAUUAUAACCUGGAUUGUAUUCCUCCUCAUGGCUACAUAAAUGUAUUAUCACUAACUGACAAGAUAAAGGAAUUCAGAAGUGCAAUUAAUAGGCAAAAAAUCUCUGGCAAUAUCGAUACACCCGAAGGAGGCUUUGAUGCUAUGCUUCAGGCAGCUGUAUGCCAGAGCCAAAUCGGUUGGCGCAGGGAAGCAAAGCAUCUUCUUCUCAUGAUGACAGAUCAGACUUCUCAUCUUGCCCUUGACAGUAAAUUAGCAGGGAUAGUAGUUCCUAAUGAUGGAAAUUGCCAUUUGAAAGAUAAUGUGUACGUCAAAGCAACCAGUAUGGAACAUCCAUCACUUGGUCAACUUUCUGAGAAACUCAUAGACAACAACAUUAAUGUAAUAUUUGCUGUCCAAGGAAGCCAGUUUCAUUGGUAUAAGGACCUUCUGCCUAUGCUGCCCGGUACUAUUGCAAGGCAGAUAGAAUCACAAGCAGCAAAUCUUAGCGAUUUGGUGGUCGAUUCUUAUGAGAAGCUGCUCUCUGAAGUGAAAAUUCAGGUGGAUAACUCAAUCCAAGAUAUACAUGUUAAUGUUACUGCAAUCUGUCCUGAUGGAAGUAGAAAAACAGGCUUUGAAGGUUGCAAAAAUGUGAAAUUCUCAGCUGAAGUGCUGUUCAACAUAUCCAUUGCCAUGAAAGGAUGUGGUGCAGUUGGAGGAAGAAAAUAUGUGAUGCUUAAACCAAUCGGCUUCAAUGAAUCCACCAAGGUUAAUAUACAUACAAGAUGUUCUUGUCAGUGUGAGGACAGCAUAAAGCACAGAAUAAUAUGUUCUGAGGAAACAUUUCUAGAUGCCGACAUGUCCUCCUGCAAUGGCCACAGUUGUAGUUCCAGUGAUGAAUUAUUUUUUGAGCAGUGCAAGAUGCAGAAGAACCAUCCUGUCUGCAGUGGUCAGGGAGACUGCAUAGGUGGACAGUGUGUUUGCCAUAAAACCAAACUUGGCCUGAUAUAUGGGAAAUACUGUGAGAAGGAUGACUUUUCCUGCCCAUAUCACCUCGGAAUCCUGUGUGCUGGCAAUGGUGAAUGUGAAGCAGGCAAAUGCAGAUGUUUUGAUGGCUGGGAAGGUGACCGUUGCCAGUGUUCAUCAACCUUAAGGAAUCACUGCCUUAACUCAAAUGGCCAGAUCUGCAGUGGAAGAGGAACUUGUGUCUGUGGAGAAUGCAAGUGCACUGAUUAUAGCAGUUUUGGUCACUUGUGUGAAUUCUGCCCUACUUGUGGUACAAUCUGCAGAGAAAAGUGGAAUUGUUUGCCAUGUCAUCAUACUAAUUCCUCUCAAAUUACACUUGACCAGUGCAAAGCCUCAUGUACUUACAGGAUCCAUUAUACCGAAAAAUCUUCAGAAUGCAUUCCUAAUGAUCCAAGCCACUGUAGAAUCUUUUUCAUAAUUUUUAUAGUUACAUUUCUUUUUGGGUUGCUUAAUGUACUUAUAAUCCGACAAAUAGUUCUGCAGUGGAGCAGUAAUAAACUGAAAUCUUCAGCUGACUAUAGAGUAUCUGCAGCAAAAAAGGAUAAUAUGUUCUUGCCUGCUGUUUGUACAAAAACCGUAACUUACAGACGUGAUAAGCCUGAAGAAAUAAACAUCAGCCCUACCAAGUUACAAGUAAAUGAAACUUUCAAAUGCGACUCCUGAAGAUGAACUACUGUCUUUAAAGCCUUAUUUUUGCAGGCCAGAAAGUUUAUUCAAGAGGCCCUGGUCAGAUACUUUGGACUUCAUGGUAUGAAUACUGCAAUGAAAAAACUGACCUAAAAGCCUUACAGCCCAAUCCAGAGUGGGGGAGCUGAAAGGAGUUGUGACGCCAGUGGAAAUUCCCUCCCUGUAGCUCUUAUUCUGCCAAAGGGGAAAUUCACCAGCAAGAAGCCACCGUAGCCUCCUUUGAUGCCCUGACACAGCACUAUGCGCCGUAGCACUGCCAUCAGCUCUGCCAAUGUAGGGGGGAGGUGUCCAAGGGAAAUGGCUAUGGGCAGAGCCAAUGUUAAUUGGCUUCUACUCCAGUUUUGCCUUCAGAUGCGUCGCAGCCCCAGGUUCCAACCUGUACCACUCUUUUGGGUGGUGUAGAUCAAUGGAGCCCUAUGGAGGGCUUUCCGGAGGCGGGAGGGGUUGCUUUUCUUUUUUGCCUCCCCACACUGCCAAAAAUCACUCUGGAAGUGAUGGAGCAGCGUGGCAACAGCACAGUUCCUGCCCAGGCCUCUGGACUGGGCUGCCCGUUGCUCAACUCAGCUAGGCUUCAACAGAGCUGCUCCAUUUUGAAAUACACAUGAGCGUUAACUACUGAUUAACAAAGUAGUGUAGUUAAGAUGAGAAAUUUAGACUGGAGCCAAUUAAGCCGCACUUGCUGGCUCUGAAUAUUUUGGUCUAAGGGGGCUUUGUAUCUGUUCACAUCACCACUCAGCAUUGUAGCACUUUAACAUAAUGUAACUUACAACAUUUUGGCAUAAAAUGUUGAACUAAACUGGUGUGACAAAAGCACUGAUUUCACUUUAGAGGUAGCUAACACAGGCUUGAUCGAUGGCAGGGAUUCUCAAACUGUGUCAAGAAAAAUACAACAGACACAACCAGUGAUAUUUUACCUGUCAGUGCUAACAGAUCAGUGGACAAGAAAGCAGGAACAGAUGAAUCCACAGGGAACCCUAAAAUUCUGCCCAAAAUUGUACUACUGAUUCCUAUUCCACCUCCAGCACUGAUAGUUAAAUCUCUGGGUUCUAUUUUGCACUAAUUAAGAGGUCAGCUUUAUUCAUCCUGCUAACUAAAACACUAGCAAAGUUAGCAGAGCUAUAUCCUUCUGAGUCCAUUAACCUCAAUGGAUUUAGAACAGUCUAACUUCAGACUGCACUGUAAGCCUAAACAUACGUUUAUGGAGCAAGUCCCAUUAAAUUCUGUGGCAUGUACUUCCAAAUAAGCACAAUUGGGAUUAGGCUGCAGAUUCUUAGAGGCCAUCAGUGGGAGAUAGUUCUUCCCAACAGCUAUGCAACCAUCGUAUGGGACCCCCUCUUUGUUUUUCGAAAACCAUUCUAUAUGAAUGAGCAAAUCAUGUGAUAAACUUAACCAAGUUGUAUUUUGAAGAGCACUAGAAGCUGCAAGAAUAUUUGUACACAACACCUUUUAUAGAUUUUUCUCUGUAGUUGCUACUAAUUGUGAAGAUCUUGUUUGCUUUGAAGUCUUUCUAAAAUUGACUAGAUUGUGUUCUUGUAAGAGACUGGAAUAAACAAGAUUGUAAUUAUUCCUGGGUUUUUAAAGCCAACGUUUUGUAGCGGUUAGAAUUUAUUUGUACAGGCAUUAAGGCUGCGCAUAAAAACAUUCCACUCCACUUCACCAGUAAAUUUCCAAAAUAUUGUGUUAGCACAGAAAAGUUAAGUUGCAGUCAUGUAGUUGAUAUAAAAGGAUUAUCACUCAGGGUCUAACUGGGAUAUACUGGGAGUUCUUCAGUUCUUAGAGUUCUUAAAUUAGAUUCUGGGAGGAUAGAUCCAUCAGUGACCACUAGCCAUGAUGACUGAAAGGAACAUCCUCAUCCAAAGCAGUAAACCUCUGAAUAUCCAUGCUAGGAAGCCCUAUCAGGGGGAAGGUUUUGGCUUUUCUGUCCUGUUGGUUGUUCAGUGUGUGAAACAAGAUUCUGGACUAGAUGUGUCACUGGUCUAAAGCAGCAGGGCUCUUCUUAUGUAUCAUGAGUUCCAGUGUUUCUUGAAGUCAUUUAUCAUAUGUAUAGUGGCCUGAUUCAGAUUGGGAUAAAAUUACAAGGGGAAGAAAGAUUCAGCCUUACCCCUCCAGGCCUUUCUCCUCAUCAAAAUGACUGUUGGGAAAGCCUAUGAGUACUGAAGUCAAUACACACAAGUUUUCAAAUAGUGGCACAGGGUGGGGAUGGGGAAGACUUAACCUCUCCUUUUGCAUCAUCAUCCUGAUCAAAAUCAGGCCUCCAUGUACCUGUUGGUUUUUUAAAGGACUAAGAGCUUCUAAUACAAAACUCCCACUGUAUCAUCUAGUUAGGACUUCAAUCUGUGAGAAGCGUACCAUUUCAACUUGAAGAGGCUGCUUAAAAUCUCCACCUGUUCAGACUUCAGGCUAGUGUCUCUUAAAUGUUAAGAAAAUGGCCCAGCAAAUGCAGAUCUCGAUGGAGCUCUUACCCCAAUGGAGUAGUGGCGUUGUAAGUUCUCAUGUCCAUUGCACUGAAGGAGCUGCCCUCAGCCCUGAUUUGAAUUGGAAGAACUUCCAUAAAAUGAAACUCUGCACAUUGUAAUCUGUGGAUCUUUUGAUCAAGCCAAGAUGGUGGAGAUAGUGGAAUUUCCAGCCUCUAGAUGGGACAUGAAGUUCUCCUGGAAUGACUGCUGAUCUACAGACUUCAAAGAUCAGCUUUCUGGGAGGGGACAGCAGCUUUGGAGGCUGGAUUCUAUGGCAUUGCACUCCCACUGAGCUCCCUCCCCAGGUUCUAUCCCAAAUCUCCAGGAAUUAGAAUUGGGAACCCUAGGAGAUAAUGAAGUGUGUCCCUGUGACUUCAAUGCUCAAACUACACGAUCAUAGCACUUUGAGGAUUCGAAUGUAUGUUGUUCUCUGGAAACUUUUCUUCCUAAAUAAUUCCUUUCCCCUUUGCACACUUUUUGAAAAGGUACAAAAUGGUGUCAAAAUACUUAAAUGUCACUAUGGACAUGAUGCAGCCUAUUAUUAAGACUUACAAAUAACUGGGGUUUCCUUCUGUUUCCCAUGUUAUAAUCUGUUUGAUUCUUGUUUAUAACUAUAUAACUUAAACAGAAAAUAGACCCAUUGUGAAAUGUAUUUUUUGCAGUGGCUUCUGAUGUUUUUGCUUUUAUAUUUCCUUUGUACUGUCUUUUGUAAAAAAAAGUGUGGAUAAAUCAUCUGUUGCUAUGAUUUAUUUAAUAUGUAGAAUCAUUCUAGGAAAGAAAGAGCAGUUCAGAAUAUAAAUACUCAUUGUUCACUAUAAUCUUUUAAUCCAUUUGAAACAAAUCACUGAAAGCUUACUAUAUGUUUUAUUUAAAGUAUAUUUUUGUAGUGUGUAUGACUAACUUUAAUUUCAGUUUAUUUAUUAAUUUGUCACUUUAGUAUAUCUGGAGAUAGUUUAUUUUUCUAUGAGAGCUGCAAUAACUUCGACUUAGCAUUAAGUUAAUGCAAAAUUAUUGUACUUUGUCUUUUAAAAAUUAAAAAGAUACAUGUUUCUGA